AGAACUUAAUAGAUAUCUACGUUAGAGGGUGGGACUUUUAUUUUGAAAUUCCUUCAUCUUUGGUCACAUGAACCACAUUUGUAAAGAUGGCUGACAGGCGCACACACAAGUCAAUAACAACAGUGAAGAUGUCUAUGUUUUUAUGUGUUUUUUAUUUAUCAUGGAGGUCUGUUCAGGCCGAGAUUUAUUCUGCAGUUCUCGAUAAACAUACUGGCCAGCUGUCUUUGCAGGAGGGGUUCCUUGACGACUAUAUAGCCUGGGCGAAUUUUACCGACGACAUCAAGAACUCGGGGUAAGUUCAGAGUCAUCUGAUGUAGUUGUAUCUCUGGGCCAGGGCAUUACCGAGUUCCUCUGCUAAUGCGCACUAACUCCCUGGACCAGAGCUAGUCUAGCUUCAUAGACUAUGUAGGAAUAACAAUAUGCGUUUCGGUAAACAGCCACAACCAUUUACGCAAAAUAUUACCUCUGAAUAAGUCUAGACAAUAGCGUUGGAUUGACAAUGGUUGUAGAGCAGGCUAUGUUGUCCCCAUUUUGGGGAAUGAGAGAUUUGAAAGUCUAGGUUUGAAAUAAAAUGUAACCAAUUACUGUUCCAAAUUCCCAUAUGAACAGAACCAUUUCAAAACCACAAGGGCCUGAUUUAUUAACGUUGUGUAAAUGUCACACUACAUUUCUGCGUGCACCAUUUCUGAAAAGAUUGCCAUGUACAAAAAUACUGAGAUUUAUCAACUUGGCGCACGCCAUACAUACGCAUUUUCCCGUUUUAAAUCAGACUUGUCAUAAAAAUGCGUUUGUGAACGAGCAUUAACUGCCUGAAACGCACUCCAUUCACUUGUUAUGCUUACAAUAACCCUUUAUUUGCGGUAUAAUUUGGUACGAUUGGCAUUAGGCCACGUCAUGCGAAAGACGAAUUAUUGUUCAAUAUUUACUUUAUCAAUAGAUUAUUGGGGUUCUAUGUCCUGCCUUGCAGCCUGGUCUCAUAGACUAGACAUAACAUAGUAAAUGUAAAUCCGGUAUGCAGUGUUGCCAAUUUAGCGACUUUGUCACAAUAUUUAGCGAGAAUUCAGACACCUCUAGCUACACAUUUUCAAAAAAGCGACUAGCGACAAAUAUAGCAACUUUUUCUGGUGUUAUUGGAGACUGACGUGAAAGCACGUAUCAUUCUUACACUUCUCAACGAGCAGCGGGUGCUGCCAUGGGCCCCACCCCCUGCCCCAAAGCACUCACAGGCGGCCCAGUUCUCGCGCAGCAGUCCCUCCCAGCUGCAGUCAGAGCAGGAGAUGUUCACUCCUCCGCAUCCAGACUGCGGGAAGCUGCCGCUGGCUGAUCCCGCCCUGGCUUACAUUCAGGACGGGAUGUAAAUGUAGGGUGUUUUUAACUGACUUUUUAUCUCUCCCACAACGUUAUUCCUCUCCUACAGCGUCCAUCACAAUUACAUGUACAUUACCAAUUAUGCAAAUUAUGUGAUGACUUCAUUUAGCGACUUUUAGGACAGCCAAUAGCUACUUUCCUUACUGAGAAGUUGGCAACACUGCCGGUAUGAUGUUUGGUAUGGUUCCAUAAGACAGAUGGUUACUUAAGGCAAUAACGAAAGUAGGGUGGAUGGGUGGGCGUAUAACGCGAACGUCUAGCAACCCAAAGGUUGCAAGUUACUACUUUCUACCUACUUUGCAACUACUUAGCAUGUUAGCUAACUCUUCCCCUAACCUGAACACUUUUAGAUAAGCCUUUGGGAAAUUCGCUCAGCGCUCCAGUCAAAUUGGCUACGCUCCACUCAGCUCACAUAUUCUGGUUGGCAGGAUGUUUAAUCUUUAGCAGUAAUUUAUGCUGUAUCUGGAAAAGGACUGUCAGUUUCUGAAAUAAAAAAACGAUGGCAAAUGGUUGUGGACCUGUCAGCAUAAAGUUUGAAUUCAACAGUUUUUUGCAUCAACAUUUCCCCCAACCUAAAUAUGCCAGCGAAUUCUGAAACAUUGUAGGGCAGGCUACAAAAAAAUAUGCAAUUACAGUAACAGUUGCUUACUAAGGCCUACUUCAAUGUAAAAUAUAAACUAUUCACCUGUUAAAUUUGACUGUAUGGCCUCCCGAGUGGCACAGCGGUUUACGGCAAUGCCUCGCAGUGCUUGAGGCGUCACUAAAGAUCCGGGUUCGAUCCCGGGCUGUGUCGCAGCCGUCCGCGACCAGGAGACCCAUGAGGCGGCACACAAUUGGCCCAGCGUCGUCCGGGUUAGGGGAGGGUUUGGGCGGCCGGGAUGUCCUUGUCCCAUCGCGCUCUAGAGACUCCUGUGGCGGGCCGGGCGCAUGCUCGCUGACACGGUCGCCAGUUAUAAUAUAAUAUGCCAUUUAGCAGACGCUUUUAUCCAAAGCGACUUACAGUCAUGUGUGCAUACAUUUUUACGUAUGGGUGGUCCCGGGGAUCGAACCCACUACCCUGGCGUUACAAGCGCCAUGCUAUAGCAAUUGAGCUACAGAGGACCACAGUUGUAUGGUGUUUCCUCCGACACAUUGGUGCGGCUGGCUUCCGGGUUAAACGAGCAGUGUAUCAAGAAGCAGUGCGGCUUGGUAGGGUCGCGUUUCGAAGGACGCAUGGCUCUCGACCUUCGCCUUUCCGGAGUCCGUACGGGAGUUGCAGCGAUGGGACAAGACUGUAACUACCAAUUUGGAUAUCACGAAAUUGGGGAGAAAGAGGGGUAAAAAGUUACAUAAAAUAAAAAAAAUACACUACAAAGAAUAUUGACUGUUUACCGGUAUUAUAAACUGCACUGCCUAUGAUAGUCCAAAACAACCAUUCAGAGUUUAACAGGUUAACUCCUGACUCAAACAAAUUUGAUUAUGAUGUUGUAUUUACUAAGUGUUCUCUCCCUCAGCUGGACAUAUCUGGAAGUGACCACUAGCGGGCGCUAUAAUGAUAGCAUCCAGGCGUAUGCUGCCGGGGCCGUUGAGGCCGCAGGCACCUCCCAGGUAAGGUAGAGACAAUCCACCCCUAACCUUAAAACCAAACCUUGCUGGGGCAGUGGAGUCUAAAUCUAUAGCUGAUCUAUGUGUGUGUAUUUGUGGUUGUCUCAGCUGAUCUAUAAGCACUGGAUGAACACUCUUAUGGGGUACUGCGGUCCGUUUACGUUCGAGUCAGGAUUCUGCCAGAGACUGAAGGAUUACAUCACCUCCAACCUGCAGUGGGUCAGACAGCAGAUAGAGGAGCAUCCACACUGUCCCUACUGGCACCAGGUACUGGCUGGGUCUGGGUCAGCCAGCGUGCUAAAUGAUGAAGUGCCUGCUCCUUUUCUCUAUGCGUCUAAAGAGUAAAGAACUCUUGUUAGAGUGGCUCAUUCAGUACACAUUUAGGAUCUAAGAAGAACAUCUUAGUAGAGAAUAUUUUUCAUUUAGAGUUUCUUUCUCUCAGGUGCGGUUGGCGUUGCUGCAGCUGAAAGGUCUGGAGGAUGGCUACAAUGAUCAGCUGUCAUUUCCCAGAGGCCCUUUUACUCUCAACCCCUUCGGCUUCCUGUAAGUGUGGUCUGUGAUCUCUGUGAUAGGUGGGUUAGAGUUCACCCCAUCAGUGAUAGUCUCUGAGUACCCAUCUCAGGAGCAAUGUAAAUGGUUCCAAUGGGGAAAACAAUUUGGGUGAGCUAAAUUAAGUGUUCCCAAUCAUGCCUUGCAUCACAGCUCUGACAAAGCCAUCAAUUUCUCUGUGGCUAUUCAGACUUUUCCAAAUGGGAGGAGACCUAGAGGAUCUUGAGGGGGCCCUAAACAAAUCCAGCCAAUCACGGACUCUGGGUUCCGGCUCCUGCUCCGCCCUCAUCAAGCUGUUGCCUGGCAACAAGGAUCUACUGGUGUCUCAUGAUACCUGGAACAUCUACCAGGCCAUGCUGCGCAUCCUAAAGAAGUACCAAUUCGCCUACCAUGUCUCUCCUACAGGUAACCCUAACCCCUAAACCUCUCAUAAGGAUAACUUAACUCUGCCUACAGUGUCUCAACGUCCCCCCUUUCCCCCUAACAUAUACACUCUUCAUGAAACACUCCUUGAAACUCUGCUUGUGAACACUGGGAAAGUCAAACGUGAGUUAUGUGGUUCAGAGUUCUAUAUUUUGAGUUUGAUUUCUGUGUUCUUUUGUUCUCAGACAGUGAUCUGAUCCCUGGUGGAACCCAGGCGUUCUCUUCCUACCCAGGGUCCAUCUUCUCUGGAGAUGACUUCUACAUCCUUAGCACUGGGCUGGUGAGAGCUGUGUGUAAUAUGUGUGGACAUAGCAUAUACAGUGUGUAGUCUUUUUUUUUAAUUUUUAAGAUGUCCCUCCUCAGGUUACCCUGGAGACCACCAUCGGCAACAGUAACCCCGCCCUCUGGAAGUUUGUUCAACCAACCGGAGCAGUGAUGGAGUGGCUGAGGAACAUCGUAGCCAAUCGGCUGGCUACAACCGGCAAGGCGUGGGCAGAGAUUUUCAGCAAACACAACAGCGGAACGUAAGUCUCUGCAGACCCUCUAGUCGACAUUUUCCCCUUCUUCCUGUAAAUUCUCAUUGACCUGUGGAUGUCCACCAUGUUGGUUAUCUCUCCAGUCCGGUCAAAGCUGGAGCUCAGCAAACAAACUCUCGUACAGGCUUUUGAACUAUCCAUUUAAAGGACGCCAGGAGAGGAAGAGUGAAGGGAACUAUCUUUUUAAGGAAUGAAGGGAAGUAAAACUAUAAUAAAGUUUAUAGAAACAUCACAUGAAAUAUCACGAGUGGGGGGAGGACAGAGUUAAGUCAGCUGAUAAAGUAGUGUCUCUAAAGUGCUGAGUCGUCUUUUAUCACACACACACACACACACACUUGAGGCAGGCCUGGGACUUAUCAGGAAUGCCCACUCAGGCCAAAGUCCUCUUAGAUCAAAGGUUACACACUCAUGUUUUGUAUGAUUACAUUUAUGUCUUCUGCGGCUUAUUUUUUGUUUAUUUCUCUAGCAGUGGAAGCUGGUGGGAGGAGCUAUAGACGGGCUCAUUGUAAUGGCUGGAAUAGAAUAGAAUGGAGUCGAACAUGUUUGAUACCGUUCCAUUCCAGCCGUUACAAUGAGCCCGUCCUCCUUCAGCUCCUCCCACCAGCCUCCUCUGAUCUUUAGCAUAUCUACACACAGUACGUCUGUUAUCAGCCUCAGUUACUCACCACAGUGGAACCUGAAAGACUGUCUAGUGCAGGGGUGUCAAACUCAUUUUAGCUCAGGGGCCACAUGGAGGAAAAUCUAUUCCCAAGUGGGCCGGACCGGAAAAAUCAUGGUAUAUAUAACUUAAAAACAACAACUUCAGAUUGUUUUCUUUGUUUUAAUACGAUCAACAUACAACAUAAAGCUGGAGCCUGAGGACAGUGUGUCCAAAAUAGUACAAGCACAACAUCACUAUUAAUCAUAAAACACGUCAAGUUUAUUUGAACAUUUUAAAGAAAAAGAACACACAAACACACAAUGCCUCAGUGAUUAACAGAACUGUUUCACAGAUCACAGAAUUAUAUCAGGGUGUCAUUUCUCAGGCAGAAAUGUAGAUAAAAAUAAUGAAAUCCUGUUCCCCAAACAAGUGCAAGAACCACAGAGUCAAGAAUAGGUUAAAUAUACAAAUAAAAUAAAAUCAAUUAAAAACAAUAGCACAUCAACAUAAAAACAUAUAAACAUAAAGCUGGAGCCUGAGGACAGUGUCCAAAAGCACAACAUCACUAUUAAUCAUAAAACACCUCAAGUUAUUUGAAAGUUCUGAGGACAAAGAACACACAAACACACAAUGCCUCAGUGAUUCACGGAAGUAUAUCACAGAUCACAGAACUAUAUCAGGGUGUCAUUUCUCAGGCAGAAAUGUAGAUAAAAAUAAUGAAAUCAUGUUCCCCAAACAAGUGCAAGAACCACAGAGUCAAGAAUAGGUUAAAUAUACAAAUAAAAUAAAAUCAAUUAAAAACAAUAGCACAUCAACAUAAAAACAUAUAAACAUAAAUCUGAAAGCGUUGCUCAAACUCCCGUAACAGUCCAGUUAUUUUAUCUUUGAACCGCUUCAUGUCUGCCACAUGUUGGGUCGCGCACACAUUUUUCAGACAGGGGAAGUGAGCUGCAUCACCACCGGCAAGUUAUAAUAUAAUAAUAAUAAUAAUAUAAUAAUAAUAUAUAAUAAUAAUAAUAAUAAUAAUAAUAUGCCAUUUAGCAGACGCUUUUAUCCAAAGCGACUUACAGUCAUGCGUGCAUACAUUUUUGUGUAUGGGUGGUCCCGGGGAUCGAACCCACUACCUUGGCGUUACAAGCGCCAUGCUCUACCAGCUGAGCUACAGAGGACCAAAAAAGUUGCGUCUCCCACAAUGACAGCUUCAACUUGAAAGAACGUAUGCUGUCAUAAUACUGCGUGACAACUUUGUUGCGCCCUUGCAGCUGUUUGUUCAAGUUAUUCAGGUGCUCUGUAACAUCCACCAUAAAUGCAAGGUCCGGCAUCCAUUCUGCGGAAUGAAAUUCUAACACUGGUUUGCCAUUUUCUUCCAUGAACUGUUCAAUUUCUUCUCGUAAAUCAAAGAAACGCCUCAGCACAGCACCUCGGCUUAACCAUCUUACCUCAGUGUGGUAUGGCAGGCCAUAGAUGUGGUCUUUCUCUCUGAGAAGGCUGUCAAACUGACGGUGAUUCAGGCUUCUGGAUCGGAUGAAAUUAACAGUUUGGAUGACCACCUUCAUGACGUUAUCCAUCUUUAAUGACUUGCAACACAAAGCCUCCUGGUGCAAAAUACAGUGAAAAGUCAAAAAAUCACGUCCUCCAUUUGCAGAUUGCACUUUCUCUCUGAACUUUGUCACAACGCCUGCUUUCUUCCCGAUCAUUGAGGGCGCACCAUCUGUAGCCAGGCUGACAGCGCAGGACCAGUCCACUCCGACCCUGUCCAGCGCGCCGACCAGUGCGGUAAAAAUAUCAGCUGCUGUCGUUGUAUCUGUCAUCGGCACCAACUUCACGAACUCCUCGGUGACGGUCAAUGUGUCAUCAACUCCGCGGAUGAAAAAAUUGCCAGUUGUGCAACAUCUGUAAUGUCCGUGCUUUAAUCAAUUGCAACCGAAAACGCAAUAAAUUACUUUACUUUUUGCUUCAACUGGCUGUCCAAAUCCACUGAAAGAUCGGAAAUCCUGUCUGCAACUGUGUUUCUUGUCAGGCUGAUAUUUGCAAAAGCCUGCCGCUUUUCAGGGCACACAAUCUCCGCUGCCUUCAUCAUGCAUGUUUUUACAAAUUCACCCUCACUAAAUGGUUUUGAAGCCACUGCGAUUUCAUUAGCAAUGAGGUAGCUAGCUUUCACUGCAGCGUCACUGAUGUCUCGGCUGUGAGUAAACACAGACUGCUGUUUCUUCAGACCCGCCAACAGUUCAUUCACCUUCUCUCAUCUCCGCUGUCCUUGAAAGUUGUCAUAUUUGUCGGCAUGAAGACUCACACAGUGUCGACGAAGGUUAUAUUCUUUCAGCACUGCAACAUGCUCUGAACACACCAAACAUACAGCUUUCCCAUUCAAUUCCGUGAUUAAAUAGGAUGACCAUUUUUCUUGGAACACUCUGCACUCUGCGUCCACUUUUCUCUUUUUUGACAGAGACAUAUUGGGGCAAUGAGGGUGCCAAAGCACAUAAUGUUAAAAGUAGAAGCCGUAAUAAAUAUCGCGGGCAAAACAAAGUAGCUCAUUGGCUGCACGUGCUUGACCUACUUGCUCUGCCCCGGUAUAAACAGUUUGCUUGCUUAACACAAUUGCUAUUGCGCCAUCCAGUGGACGCAAUUGGAACAGCAGUUUAUUUUAUUGAAAAAUUGCAGCGCAUUUUUAUACUUAAAAAAAAAAUAUAUAUUUUUUUUAAUCAUCUCGCGGGCCGGAUUAAACCCGUUUGCGGGCCUGAUCCGGCCCGCGGGCCGUACGUUUGACACCCCUGGUCUAGUGUAUCAUCAGUCAUCGCCAUGAAUUACUCAGUAGCCUCAAAAUAGAUCCAUAUACCACGUAGAAUGUCUACCUUUAAAAUCAAGCUUUUAUCCAAAGCGACUUAGUCAUGUGUGCAUACAUUUUUACGUAUGGGUGGUCCCGGGGAUCGAACCCACUACCCUGGCGUUACAAGCGCCAUGCUCUACCAAUUGAGCUACAGAGGACCACGAUCAAUGUAUUCCUUCGCUUGUAGGUAUAAUACGUGUGUGUGUGUGUGUUAGGUAUAAUAACCAGUGGAUGAUAGUGGACUACAAGCAUUUCACUCCAGGGAUGACCGAGACUAAGGAGCAGCUAUUUACUGUACUGGAGCAGAUCCCGUAAGACAGGCAACGUACACACACACACACACCACCAACAUCCUCUCAACACGUAUACAUUUUGAGAAAUGUUUUGUGUGUUCUUGCUGCUGUAAUGGGCUGGUUAUUUAUCAAUAACAAUAAUAGAUGUGUGUGUGGUUCUGUUCUGUAGUGGGCUAGUUGUUCACUCUGAUAAAACCCAGGAAUUGCUGCAGAAAGGCUACUGGUCUAGUUACAACAUCCCGUAAGUACCAAUAACAACAUAUAACUACCACACACUAGUAAUGACUAUAUUAUUAAUAAAAAGAGCAGUUGACUGUGUCGGUCUUGCAGGUGUUGGAGAUGGUGGUUAUAAUUUGUUCAGAUCUAAAGUGUAUAUGUGUGACACUCUCGCUCUGUGUGUGUGUGUGUAGGUACUACGAGGAGGUGUUUAAUGCCAGCGGCUGUAGAGAACUGGUAGAGCAGUUUGGUCCAUGGUUCUCUCUGGACAUGAAUCCUCGAGCCCAGAUCUUCAGAAGGAACCAAUCACACAUCACAGACAUGGACUCCAUGGUCCGCCUGAUGAGGUACCCGCCUCCAUUCAGAGGCCUCAAUGCCAGAUGUGUCACAGGAGGGAGAUGGACAGACCUGCAUUUAUACACAGUCAUUCACAUAUAAAAGGACCCAUGAGCACCAAUAUGAAGUUUGUAGGAGCAUAUCAAAUUGGGUGUCAAAUGAAAGCUGAGUCUAUUUUUUAUUAAGGCAUACAUUUGGAAUAAGCAAAGGCUUUGAUAACUGGUCAAACAGAUGGAAAAUGGGUCUUAGAAAACAUCUACCAGAAAGUCUGAAAAGGUAUUAGAAAUACACAAUGUUGAAGUAAAGACCCCUGCCAACUAGUAUCAAGAUUUAUAUGUAGUUUUGGAUACAUUUUUCUGCCUUCUGUAAGUUUAAGAAACAUUGCCAUGUGCCUUGAAAUUCUGAUACCAAAAACCCACAUAUCUUUUAAGAUAUUUUCUAAUUUCUCUCCCUCAUGAGGAGGGAGGAUAAUGAAAGUUCACAGAAGUAACAAGUAAAGGUAGACCUACCAAUUAGUUAGUGUUUUUACUGAUAUCAAUUUUGUUUAUGAAUUAUUAAGUGAUUAAAACUUGAAAUUCCGUUACCAAAUCGGUAACGGAAUUUCUAGAAUUGAAUUAGCUACAAUGGAAAACAUAGUAGUCACAAACCACAGUUCAGUACAGUACACAGUAGAGAACACGAGAGUUGAGUACAGCAUAAUGUGCUGAAGUCUACUGUACUAUACUGAACUGUAAUCUACUGAACUCUACUUUACUGUACUGAAAUCUACAGUCCUGAACUGUGCUGUGUUGUACUCUACUCUACUGAGCUCUACUGUGCUGUACUUUGAUGUCCAAACUUGUGAAACGUAGACAUCUAUGAUUGGUUCAGAUUUGGUCUGGUCCAGACCAACCAAAUUCUGUCUUGUUUGGGGCAGAGCUCAUUAACCUCUACGGGAUUGGUGUCCCGUGCUAACGUGCGCUAAUGUGAUUAGCAUGACUGUUGUAAGUAACAGCAAACUUUCCACGACAUAGCCAUGUCUUAUAUGGGCAGAGAGCUUAAAUUGUUGUUAAUCUAACUGCACUGUCCAAUUUACAGUAGCUAUUACAGUGAAAAAAUACCAUGCUAUUGUUUGAGGAGAGUGCACAACAACAAAAAACGUGUCACGGCAACUGGUUUGAUACAUUCACCUCUGAAGGUAAAUAAUGUAGUUACAUUCAGUAAUCUUGCUCAGACUUGUCAUCCUAAGGGUCCCAGAGAUAAAAUGUAGCAUAGUUUUGUUUGAUAAAAUCAAUUUUUAUAUUCAAAUGUAGGAACUGGGUUCUACAGUUUGAACCCCUGCUGUAUCUGGCUCAACACCCACCCCGCCCGGCCAUCUAGAUGUGUGAAAGUUAGUGUAUAAGCUAAUGAUCCAUCAUGUAUGACAUUCCUGGGAGUGUGUAAACUUACAUUUUGUAUUACCAUAUCAUUUUUGUAUGUUCUCUAUAGUUAUGUAUGGUCCUCUGUAGCUCAAUUGGUAGAGCAUGGCGCUUGGAAUGCCAGGGUAGUGGGUUCGAUCCCCGGGACCACCCAUACGUAAAAAUGUAUGCACACAUGACUGUAAGUCGCUUUGGAUAAAAGCGUCUGCUAAAUGGCAUAUUAUUUAUUAUUAUUAUGUACUUGAAAAUGUAUCAAUUGACCAAUUCGGCACAUUUGGGCAGACUUGAUACAAAAUAGUCCAGUAUUCCAAUGCUUCACUGGAUCAAUCUGAAACUUUGCACACACACACUGCUGCCAUCUAGUGGGCAAAAUCAAAAUUGUGCUUAAACUGCAAUAUUAUAUUGUGGCCUUUCUCUUACAUUUCAAAGAUGAUGGAACAAAAAAAUUAAUAGAAAACGCAUGUUUUUUUGAUUGUAUUAUCUUUUACCAGAUCUAAUGUGUUAAAUUCUCCUACAUUAAUUUCACAUUUCCACAAACUUCAGUGUUUCCUUUCAAAUGGUAUCAAGAAUAUGCAUAUCCUUGCUUCAGAUCCUGAACUACAGGCAGUUAGAUUUGGUUAUGUCAUUUUAGGCGAAAAUUGAAAAAAAGGAUCUGAUCCUUAAGAGGUUAAAAUAAUAGCCAGUGUGUAGAAUAAUACCCAAAUAUGCAAAGGAGGAUAUUGCCUAUUUAUACCUUUGUGUACCUAUUUAGAACGCAUCACCAUGAAGACAAUUACAUUCAUAUCCAUUUCUGUGUAGUACAGAUCAGAGACCCAUGUUAUAGAUGACACCCCAUUGUUUCUGCAGACAUCGUUGAAUCUUAAUUCAGAACAGCUAUUUAAGAGUUUUUGGAAACGUGGACACAAAAAACUGAGGGAGAUUUUUUCGAAAAUUCUGUACAGUUCUUCCAUUACAAUGGCUUGUGAAAGUAUUCACCUCCCUUGGCAUUUUUCCUAUUUUGUUGCCUUACAACCUGGAAUUAAAAUCGAUUUUUGGGGGGUUUGUAUAAUUAGAUUUACAUUUUAGUCAUUUAGCAAACGCUCUUAUCCAGAGUGACUUACAGGAGCAAUUAGGGUUAAGUGCCUUGCUUAAGGGCACAUCGACAGAUUUUUCACCUAGUCGGCUCGGGGAUUAGACACAACAACAUGCCUACCACUUUGAAGAUGCAAAAUAUUUUUUUUGUGAAACAAACAAGAAAUAAGACAAAAAAACUGAACUUGAGCGUGCAUAACUAUUCACCCCCCCCCCCCCCCCCCCCCCCCAAAGUCAGUACUUUGUAGAGCCACUUUUUGCAGCAAUUACAGCUGCAAGUCUCUUGGGGGUAUUUCUCUAUAAGCUUGGCACAUCUAGCCACUGGGAGUUUUGCCCAUUCUUCAAGGCAAAACUGCUCCAGCUCCUUCAAGUUGGAUGGGUUCUGCUGGUGUACAGCAAUCUUUAAGUCAUACCACAGAUUCUCAAUUGGAUUGAAGUCUGGGUUUUGACUAGGCCAUUCCAAGACAUUUAAAUGUUUCCCCUUGAACCACUCGAUUGUUGCUUUAGCAGUAUGCUUAGGGUCAUUGUCCUGCUAGAAGGUGAACCUCCGUCCCAGUCUCAAAUCUCUGGAAGAUAGAAACAGGUUGCUUGCUUAUUUUUUUCUUUAAGCAAUGGCAUUUUUCUGGCCACUCUUCCGUAAAGCCCUGCUCUGUGGAGUGUACGGCUUAAAGUGGUCCUAUGGAAAGAUACUCCAAUCUCCGCUGUGGAGCUUUGCAGCUCCGUCAGGGUUAUCUUUGGUCUCUUUGUUGCCUCUCUGAUUAAUGCUCUCCUUGCCUGGUCUGUGAAUGGGAUGUUCAAAGUUUCUGAUAUUUUUCUACAACCCAACCCUGAUCUGUACUUCUCCACAACUUUGUCCCUGACCUGUUUGGAGAGCUCCUUGGUCUUCAUGGUGCUGCUUGCUUGGUGGUACCCCUUGCUUAGUGGUGUUGUAGACUCUGGGGCCUUUCAGAACAGGUGUAUAUAUACUGAGAUCAUGUGACACUUAGAUUGCACACAGGUGGACUUUAUUUAACAAAUUAUGUGACUUCUGAAGGUAAUUGGUUGCACCAGAUCUUAUUUAGGGACUUCAUAGCAAAGAGGGUGAAUACAUAUGCACGCACCACUUUACCGUUGUUAAUUUUUUUCAUUUUACUUCACCAAUUUGGACUAUUUUGUGUUUGUCCAUUACAAGAAAUCCAAAUAAAAAACAAUUUAAAUUUCAGGUUGUAAUGCAACCAAAUAGGAAAAACGCCAAGGGGGAUGAACGCUUUUGCAAGGCACUGUAAAUGUGUUUUGUAAAAUGUUCAGUGUAAAUUGUUAAAAGUAGGCCUUGUGCAUAGAGUUGUAUGAUUUGUUAAACUUUUAAGUCAAUGGUUUUUGUUUGGCAUACAUUUUUUGUGAAAAAGCUGAGUCUCAGCGCAAUUCCAUUACUGUGGAAUUAGCCCACACCUGACCUGUAUAUGAGGACCCCUACCUACAUUUUAGCCUAUGUAUAAAAAUAUCCCUUUGCUCUCUCUGUGUAGGUAUAAUAACUUUAAGGAGGACCCAUUGUCCCGGUGUGAGGGCUGCGACCCGCCUGCUAAUGGGGAGAACACCAUCUCGGCCCGCUCCGACCUGAACCCGGCUAACGGGACGUAUCCCUUUGGAGCGCUGAAGCAGAGACCACAUGGAGGAACGGAUAUGAAGGUAAGGAUGUCUUACCCCCUCUACCUUUGUCUUGCUCCUCCUCUCUCUCCUCCAUCUCUCUAAGUAUGAGUUAGGUGAGCUGUAAUGUCAUGUCUCCUAUGGGUAUCACUAAUUGGCUGUGUGUGUACCUUUGCGUGUGUGUAGGUGACGUCUUAUGGGCUGUGGCGUGAGUUUGGGUUCCUGGCAGCGAAUGGACCCACGUGGGACCAGGUACCUGCUUUCCAGUGGAGUUCUUCCCCCUACUCAGACCUGAUGCACAUGGGACACCCCGACACCUGGGCUUUCACACCUGUACACGUCACCUGGUCUACCUAACCCGUACCCUUAAAUUAACCCUACACGCACACAUCCAUCAGUGUCAGAAAAUAAACUGAGGGGUGCUGGGUUUCAUUUGAAAAGGGGAAAUGAUUACAAAUGUAAUUCAAAUAAAUAUGCAGUACAACAGUAAGCUCAGGGUUAGCAUGUGUAUACUGUUUACUGCUCUGCUAUUUUAAAAACCUUGAGAUAAGGGAAUGUGUUAACUGUUUAUUUUUUAUAAGGUUUUGCUCAUACUGGCUGUCUCAUAUUGAAUGUGAUGUGAGAUGGGAUAACUCCAUUUGAAAUGAGACUUCCACUAUUGACAAUAUUGAGGUAGGAAAUUGUACCUCAGACGCACAAAAAAUGCACUAUUUGUUUUGGCAAUAGAUAAUUAUUUUUCAUUUUCAUUUUAAAUCAGUGUUUUCAACUUGCAUCCUAAAGUAUUCUACCAUUUGAUUAAUGCUGCUAUGGCACGGGUUAAUUCAUAUCAAUGCUAUUAAGACUGUAAUCAGAUCAAAAUAUGUAUUACAUUUAUCAUUUGACAGAUGUGUAAAGGCUUGAAUGUGUCCAGUUUUAUCAUGUUUUUAAAAUUUCAACUGUCAAUGUUUUGUCAUUAAAUGAGUUUAACUUUACUUUAUAGCCAUGCCAUGAGUUGUUGUGUACUGUAGCUUAUUCAUAAAUACAAAGCUGGUAUACUGUCUUUUGUUGUCUGACACUAUUCUAUCAAAUGGCACAGACUUUUUGAAGCCUACCUGAAAGCAAAAGAUAAACAAUUUUCUCGCCACUUCGAUACGGGAGUGACUUUUUCGUAGCAAGUUAGGAGACUAAGGUUAAGGUUAGGAAAAGGGUU